AACACGUUUGUCAGUUUACUGGCAUGCUGCUUUCACUUCCCCCUCUGCCUUCUGUCUCAGUGAGUACAAUAACUUCCUCCUCCACUCUUCUGUCACAUUCUUACUGCUCUGUGGGAACGCUCAAUUCAUAAACUAGAUAUAGUCUUGAAACUGGGAGCCCUUCAGUCAGGAUGCAGCAGAACGCUUGACUUGUGCGUCCUCUCUGGGUUUGGUCCUGAUGGCAGAACCUCCAGGGGGCGUUGGAGACCCGGCCAAGGUCAACUGGCUCGGUCCAGGUGAAUUAUCUAGUUUAACCACAAGGGAACUGCAGCAGAACCUGCGACUGGAAAAGCGCCGCGAGCGACCCGCCCAGCUGCUGUUUGAGAUCCCGUCUUCUCGUAUUGUCCAUCAGUCUCUAGGCAAACAUGUGGUGCAUGACGUCGUGGUGAUGCGCUCAGGCAGCUUUGACUCCCGCCGGGUUUCUGUGGAGAGGCGCUACAGUGACUUCCGACAGCUCCACCACAAACUGCAGGAAGAGUUUCAGGAGGAACUGGAGGAGGUCCAGCUCCCCCCUAAGCUUUUGACCGGGAACUUCCGCCCUGACAGCAUGUCCGAGAGGCGCCUGGCUCUGCAGGACUACCUGUCGCAGCUCUAUGCCAUGUGCUGCAUCCGACACUCUCCCCUGUUUGCUGAGUUUUUCACCACACAGGAGCAGAUGAAAGCACAUGUGCUGCUGAGAGCAGGCCAGUUCAAGGCAGCUUUGGAGCUGCUGCAGGCUGUUCUGGAGGUCCAGGAGAAGCUGCUACCGUGGCAGAAGCCCACCCUGCUGGUACCGACCCUGUCUGCACUCGUGGUGUGUUACCGGGACCUGGACCAGCCAGAGGAGGCCAUCUGCAUUGCCAACAGAGCCCUUCCAAUUGUCAGACGCUAUGGGCUGCGUGCCUACAGAGCUGCGCUGCUGGAACUGAUGGUGGACCUGGGGUACCAACUGGGUCGACCUGUGGCCCAGCUACAGGAAGAGCUGACUGUCUUGAGAGACUCUGAGAGGGGAGAGGUCAUGCAGCGCUCUCUGAAGGAAGUGGUGAUCAGAAACUUCAUCUAAAGGGAUUUUUAACCUGGGAGAUUUAUGUUAUCGAGGAACCAGUUAAUUCCCAACUAAGAUUAGUUUGUGAGGAACAAUCACUCUAGUAAAAGUUGGUAGUUUCAUCUCUAAAAUUUCCUGACUGGUCAACAAUGAUUUUGUUUUUUUAAUCUUCUUACUUUUCCCAGGUUUAUUAUAAUGGAUUGGAUUUAUCUGCACUUUUCCAGAGGCUCAAAGCACUUCUACAGUGUGUCCACUGAGCCUAAGUGUUUUUCUUUAAAAUGCUUGUUUGUGGUCAUUCAUUUCAUUUGAUUAAAACUUUAAUCUUAUUAUCAUCUGGGAUGUGUUCCCAUGAAAGGGUAGCAUUAAGAAGUUUUAGGAGCUUUUAUUUUAUUUCUAUUUUUCCAAUUCAGGUAAAACUUCUUUCUUCUUGUGUUUCUUACGUGUUAAAUAGGAAAUGAAUGUCCCCGUGAACACACAGUGAAAUGUCUAGGGGGGUAGCUGAUGUUUUUUAAGGAUUUAAUUUAAUCUUGGUGUUUAACCCAAUAAACCUAUAUCGUAUUUCUGAGAGCUUUA